AUGUCUGACAAACAAACUUCCCAAGACCCUGUCCAGCAGCACGAAGGCUUCUUCGAGAGAAUCCUUCAUCACCACCACCAGAAUCAGGAGGCCCAAUAUCAGAAGGACUCCGAUCAGGACAAGACUGACAAAGAUGAACACCACCAUGAUGAACAUGACAAAAAGAAGGAAGAGAGUGAGUUGGACAAGAUGAAGGAUUACCUCCAUGAAGACGAAGAGCUCGAGGCUGAGGGAAGAACCUACGGAGGCUUGAUGUAA